AGACGCUUUUCUCCAAAGUCUCUUUCCUCUUUCUCUAUCUGGCCUCCACCCAUCAUACUACCCAUGAAAGUUGGAACUGAGGGCAAUGGAUGCCACUGUAUAGGAUCAUAGAUUGAGAUAAAGAAGUCAUAGAGAAGGAAGGAGGAGGAAGCAGAAGUGGAAGAAAGGAAGGGUUGGGUUGUGUAGUCCAUAUAUUUCCUUAUAUGCAUCUCUCUAAAUACUGAGACAAGCUAGGAAAGAAGCGAUACACUCACUGGAGCCGCCGGCGAAGAUGGGUCGAGGAAAGAUCGAGAUCAAGCGGAUAGAGAACACCACCAACCGGCAGGUGACGUUCUGCAAGCGCCGCAACGGGCUCCUCAAGAAGGCCUACGAGUUGUCCGUCCUGUGCGACGCAGAGGUCGCGCUCGUCGUCUUCUCCAGCCGCGGCCGCCUCUACGAGUACGCAACCAGCAGUGUGAAGGAAAGUAUCGAGAGGUACAAGAAAGCAUGUAGUGAUACUACCAACACUGGAUUUGCUUCAGAAGGCAAUGCUCAGUACUACCAGCAAGAGGCAUCAAAACUACAUCAGCAAAUCAAUAACUUACAGAGCACAAACAGGAACUUGAUGGGUGAAUCUUUGAACUCCAUGAGCUUAAGGGACCUGAAGCAGCUUGAGACUCGAUUGGAGAAGGGCAUAAACAAAAUAAGAACUAAAAAGAAUGAGUUGUUGUUUGCUGAGACUGAGUACAUGCAGAAAAGGGAGAUGGAGCUGCAGAAUGACAAUAUGUAUCUGAGGAACAAGGUAGCUGAAAAUGAAAGAGUGCAACAACAGAUGGACAUGCUGCCUUCAACGGCGACAACAACUGAAUACGAGGUUAUGCCCUCUUAUGAUUCAAGGAACUUUCUGCAAGUGAAUAUAAUGCAGCCUAAUCAACAUUACACUCACCAGCAGAGGACAGCCCUCCAGCUAGAUGAGAUACAAUGAAUCUAUGAAGAUACUUCUGCAGAUGCAGAGCUUUGGUGAUGGAGAGAAAUCUAGUACAAGAUCAGCUGAGAAAUAUAUGAGAAAAUAUGAUGAUAAUUUGAGCCUUUUCUCUAAAAAUAUGGCUAGAAUACUGAACAUAUGCGUUUUCCACUCUGUUGGACAAUUAACUCCAGUUAUUGUCACUUAUGUUGUCCUACAUAUAAGACUGUUUUAUUUAUACUUUGA